GCGUCAUCACUCUGCGCCGGACUAAUCUCAGCAGCCGAAGGAGAGGAGCUGCGUCGCGGCUGCAGCAGCUGCAAAGGAGACCGAGCUGUCGCCAUGGGGGGAGGCGACUUGAAUCUUAAAAAAAGCUGGCAUCCACAAACCCUCCGUAAUGUGGAAAAAGUUUGGAAAGCGGAACAAAAACAUGAAGCUGAACGGAAGAAAAUUGAAGAGCUACAACGGGAAUUGCAUGAAGAGCGAGCACGAGAAGAAAUGCAGCGUUAUGCAGAAGAUGUAGGCGCUGUCAAAAAAAAAGAUGAAAAGUUGGAAUGGAUGUAUCAAGGACCAGGUGGCAUGGUGAACAGAGAUGAAUAUCUUAUGGGGCGUCCAGUUGACAAGUAUGUCUUCGAGACAACAGAGGACAAGGAGGCAGGCUGUUCUUCUGAGACUGGCCUUCUGCCAGGCUCUAUCUUUGCCUCCACAGGUGCCAAUUCUGCCUUGGAUAUGGCUAGCAAGAUUCGGGAAGACCCUCUUUUUAUGAUAAGGAAGAGGGAGGAAGAGAAGAAACGUGAUGUUCUGAACAAUCCUGUAAAAAUGAAGAAGAUCAAAGAACUGUUGCAAAGCAGUUUGGAGAAGAAGAAGAAGAAAGAGAAGAAGAAGAAGAGGAAACACAAGAAACAUAGGCACCAUAAUUCCAGUAGUGGUGAAGAUGAAGAGAUUAAAACUAAGUCACGGGAGAAAGUAGAACAUCUUCAUCCUAAAAGAUCAGGAUAUGGAUUGCAAGUUCGUGAUAGUGGCCAUGAAAGGAUGUCCCAUAAACUCCAACAGAGUUUACGAUCAGAGCAACAAAGCCAUUCUCCUGAAAGGCAUGUCAACAAGAACACAAAUCAGGAAUCAAGCAGGCAUAAGAGAUCAAGAUCACCUAGAAACAGUGAACAGGACAAUGGUAUGGAACAAAAGGCAAAAACAGAAUACAAAAAUUUUCAUAAGGAACACCAAUAUAGAAGACCCCACACUUCGAGAAAAUUAUCUGCAGAAGAGCUGGAGAAAAGACGGAAAGAAAUGAUGGAGAAUGCCAUAUGGCGAGAAGAAGAAAGAAAAAACAAUGUGAACAAACAUAGAAAAGAAGAAGAAAGAGAGCAAGCUCUAGAAAAACUUCGCCAGUCCAAUGGGAAGUUUAUACAUAAUAUAAAAUUGGAGAGUGCAUCCACUUCGUCUCUUGAAGACAGGGUGAAGAGAAACAUUCACUCUAUCCAAAGGACACCAGCAGCCCUGGAAAAAAACUUCAUGCAUCGAUGAAAUUGUUUCGUAUCCUAUCACUGGCCCAGCAAUGUUGUUGUUUUUGUUUUGUUUUGUUUUUCUGAUUGUUUUUUUCCUGAGGACCAACUGAUCAUUCAGGAAACCUCCAUGGGCCAGGUUAUUUUUUCUUUGGUCUGGAUAGCACAAGAGAGUUCACUGUGAUAUUCCAUUACAAUGUUUUCAAAUUAAGAUAUUUUAAAUAUGUACAGUUUGAGAUACUCCUUGUAGGCCAAUUUGUUCUGCCUUUUUCUUUUAUAUUUUAUAAUAUAGUGCUGUAAAAAGAUUAUAAGAGUUUUACUCCUAUUCCCACUGAAAGGAAAGAUGGAAUCAGAACAAGUAAUUCUGUUAUUUUUAGUCAUAUUACAAAGAGAAUAAUUAUUACAGAUGUUUUCAUUGUCUAAUAAUAA